CGGCGAGGGGUCGAUUCGAUUUCGAUUCCGAUUUCGCGUCUCCCCAGAUUUCCCCCCUUCCAUUUCGCCUCCCGAUCGAUCGCUCAGACAGCCACCGCAAUCCGCUCUCCGAGGCCGGCGCCACCCAACGUGCGCGGCACACUCGCCUCGCCUCGCCCUCGCCCUCGCCCUCGCCUCGCCUCGCCUCGCCCUUGUCUUAUUAAUCCGCGUCCACUUCCGGGGUUCAAGACCUCCUCGGCUUCUUCCUCCUCCUCCACCACUCCGCCCCGCCGCCGCCGCCGUCGACGUAGGGGACGGACGCGGUUUACGGGUGAUUGCUCGCCCGCAUUUUGUUGUAGUGAUUUUUGGGUUGGGUUGGGGGGAGGAGUGAGGAGGGUUUGUUUGAUCGGCGGGGGAUCGGAGGAGGAGAGGUGGGGAAAAUGUGGGUGGCGGAGCAGGUGGUGGGGGAGCGGCGGAUGCGGCAGAUCCAGCGGUUCGCGCGGAACGCCAAGCUCACCGUGGUGUGCCUGCUGCUCACCGUCGUCGUCCUCCGCGGCACAGUCGGGGCCGGCAAGUUCGGCACGCCGCAGCAGGACCUCAUCGAGCUCCGCCACCGCUUCAUCUCGCACCCGCACCGCGCGCUGGCGGAGCACCACGACGCGCUGUCCAGGGGCUCCUCCUCGUCGUCGUCCUCCGGGCGGGCUGCCGAGCGGGACGACGAGCCGGACCCGCCGCCGAGGUCGCUCAGGGACCCGCCCUACACGCUGGGCCCCAAGAUCUCCGACUGGGACGAGCAGCGGGCCGCGUGGCACCGCCGCCACCCGGAGACACCGCCCUUCCUCAACGACGUCAAGCCGCGGGUGCUGCUCGUCACGGGUUCCUCACCCAAGCCGUGCGAGAACCCCGUCGGCGACCACUACCUCCUCAAGUCCAUCAAGAACAAGAUGGACUACUGCCGCGUCCACGGCCUCGAGAUCUUCUACAACAUGGCGCUGCUCGACGCGGAGAUGGCCGGCUUCUGGGCUAAGCUCCCGCUCCUCCGCGCUCUGCUCCUCGCGCACCCGGAGAUCGAGUUCCUCUGGUGGAUGGACUCAGACGCCAUGUUCUCUGACAUGGCAUUCGAACUGCCGUGGGAGCGAUACGGCCCUUACAACCUUAUCAUGCACGGCUGGGAUGAGAUGGUCUACGACGACCAUAACUGGAUUGGGCUCAACACAGGCAGCUUCUUGCUGCGCAACUGUCAAUGGUCACUCGAUUUCCUUGAUACAUGGGCACCGAUGGGACCAAAGGGCCCUGUCCGUAUUGAGGCCGGUAAGGUUUUGACCAAGUUCUUGAAGGAUCGGCCGGUGUUCGAGGCCGAUGAUCAGUCAGCUAUGGUAUAUAUCCUUGCCACAGAGCGUGAGAAAUGGGGUGACAAGGUGUACCUUGAGAAUGGGUAUUACCUCCAUGGAUAUUGGGGCAUCUUGGUUGAUAGGUAUGAGGAGAUGCUCGAGAAUUACCAUCCAGGGCUUGGUGAUCACCGGUGGCCUCUGGUCACUCACUUUGUCGGAUGCAAGCCGUGUGGGAAGUUUGGGGAUUACCCAGUGGAGAGGUGCCUCAAGCAGAUGGAGCGUGCUUUCAAUUUUGGGGAUAAUCAGAUAUUGCAAAUGUAUGGGUUUACACACAAGUCGCUUGGAAGCAGGAAGGUGAAGAGGAUCAGGAAUGAGACUAGCAACCCACUUCAGGUCAAGGAUGAACUAGGGUUGCUUCACCCAGCAUUCAAGGCCAUGAAGACUACUACUACGUGAUAAAUGAUAAUUAGAUUACAAUUCCACGCGUUAUUUUGUUCGUUCUUGAUCCUUUUGGGUCUAAAUCUUAAAAAAUGUUCUUUUUGUAGACUUGGGUUGACAAUGGAGUAUUGGUUGGGAUCAAACAUCAAAGGAUGGAUAUCUAUGUUGUAAUGUGAUAUUAGGAAGACAAUGUUAUGUUUAUUGCUGGCAUAAUAAGUUGUCUCACACUUAGAAAUUGAGUUAGUGAAGGGAACUCUUUGAUCACCACUAUAUAUUUCUAUAGAAUUUCCUAUUUCUUAUUUGACGAAUAGUUUUCUUUCGGUGAUAUUCAAGGAAUGGUAUAGAUUUU